AACUGAGCCUUUGCCGUGUUUGGAGAGUUUUCAGCUGUUUGCUCAGCUCAGCAUGCCAAGAAGCCAGAGAGGUACCCAGCAGCCUGGAUUCAUUCUUCGUGUUAGAAAAGUAUUUGACUCUGAGAAAUUGUGAAAUCACCCUGGCCACACUGUAGAAUUGUGUUGAACUUUUAUUUAUUUUAGCGUUUUUAUUUUUCUGUCUAAAAAAAGAAAAAACAGGUUGGAGACUAUCUCUUUCAAAGAAAGCUUCUAAAAGCUGCUAAGACUGGCAAGGGUGUAAAAUGAUAUGAGAACUUUUCAGCAGGAUUCCAAAUUCAGGAAAGAUUUUCCCAAGCACCUACUAUGUUCAGUCUACCAUGCAGGAAUACUUUGGAGAAUCUGAAGUUCUGGGUUAACCCUCAAAACUUUGAAAGCAAUGGCUGAAAAAGAAAGAUGAGCACCUUGACCUUCCCACUGGAAAUGAUUGAGGAGCCUAGUAAUAAACGGGUCAAACCCCUCUCCAGGGUCACGUCACUAGCAAACCUCAUCCCACCUGUGAAGGCCACACCAUUAAAGCGCUUCAGCCAAACCUUGCAGCGCUCCAUUAGCUUCCGCAGUGAGAGCCGGCCUGACAUCCUCACCUCCCGACCUUGGUCCAGAAAUGCUGCCCCCUCUAGCACAAAACGAAGAGACAGCAAGCUGUGGAGUGAGACCUUCGAUGUGUGUGUCAAUCAGAUGCUCACAUCCAAGGAAAUCAAACGUCAGGAGGCCAUCUUUGAGCUUUCCCAAGGAGAAGAAGACUUGAUAGAGGACUUGAAAUUAGCAAAAAAGGCCUAUCACGACCCCAUGCUGAAACUCUCCAUCAUGACAGAACAAGAAUUGAAUCAGAUUUUUGGAACCCUGGACUCUUUAAUCCCUCUACAUGAAGAUCUCCUUAGUCAGCUUCGAGGUAUUCGGAAGCCUGAUGGCUCGACUGAGCACGUCGGUCCCAUCCUGGUGGGCUGGCUGCCUUGUCUCAGCUCCUACGACAGCUACUGCAGUAAUCAAGUAGCUGCCAAAGCCCUACUGGACCACAAAAAGCAAGACCACAGAGUCCAGGAUUUCCUACAGCGAUGUUUAGAAUCCCCCUUUAGCCGCAAACUAGACCUCUGGAAUUUCCUUGAUAUUCCAAGAAGCCGUCUGGUGAAAUACCCUCUGCUUCUUCGUGAAAUCUUGAGGCACACACCAAAUGAUAACCCAGAUCAACAGCACCUGGAAGAAGCAAUCAACAUUAUUCAGGGAAUUGUGGCAGAAAUCAACACCAAGACUGGGGAAUCUGAAUGCCGCUAUUAUAAAGAGCGUCUCCUUUACUUGGAGGAAGGCCAGAAAGAUGCCCUGAUCAACAGCUCGAGGGUGCUAUGUUGUCAUGGUGAACUGAAGAAUAACCGGGGCGUGAAACUACAUGUUUUCCUGUUCCAAGAAGUGCUUGUGAUCACUCGAGCUGUCACCCACAAUGAGCAGCUCUGCUACCAGUUGUACCGGCAGCCAAUCCCCGUGAAGGACCUCCUACUGGAAGACCUGCAGGAUGGAGAAGUGCGGCUGGGCGGCUCCCUGCGUGGGGCCUUCAGCAACAAUGAGAGAAUUAAAAACUUUUUCAGAGUAAGUUUCAAAAAUGGAUCCCAAAGUCAGACCCACUCGCUACAAGCCAACGAUACCUUCAACAAACAGCAGUGGCUUAACUGUAUUCGUCAAGCCAAAGAAACAGUUCUGUGUGCUACUGGGCCGACUGGAGUGCUUAACUCCGAGGGACCAUUCCUAAAUCCCACCACUGGGAGCAGGGAGCCACAGGGAGAGACAAAACUUGAGCAGAUGGACCAAUCAGACAGUGAGUCAGACUGUAGCAUGGACACAAGUGAGGUCAGCCUUGACUGUGAGCGUAUGGAACAGACAGACUCUUCCUGUGGCAACAGCAGGCACAUUGAAAGCAACGUCUGACAGAAAUGCAUGUACUUCCUGGAAGUCGCCCUGUGUCUUACCUGUACAGUAUUUGCAUUCCACACAUGGAACAGUUUGGAGAAGCACUUUUUAAUAUUUUUGUGACCGUGUUGACCCAGUCACUUAUAUCUGUACCUUUGUCCAUAGUACUGUAACUGCCAGUCUGUCUGUGUAAGCUGGAAUUUGUGGCAACUAUUACCCUGUGUUGUAUUUCACAAGUGUCUGGAUGGAUGGAGAGGUACU